AUGGGUAAAUGUGGUGGGAGAAACGGUAACGGAAACUAUAACGGCGCUGGAUUUAACGGUCACGGAGGCGGCGGAGUUAGGCCAUACGUACGGUCUCCGGUGCCUCGACUCAGAUGGACGCCGGAUCUCCACCGUUGUUUCGUUAACGCUGUCGAUAUGCUCGGUGGCCAACAUAGAGCAACUCCAAAGCUUGUUCUAAAGAUGAUGGAUGUGAAGGGACUCACCAUUUCACAUGUCAAAAGCCAUCUUCAGAUGUAUAGAGGUUCUAAGCUCACUUUGGGAAAACCAGAGGAAAGCUCUUCAUCUUCAAUAAGAAGAAGACAAGACAACGAAGAAGAUUAUCUUCAUGACAACUUGUCUUUACACACAAGGAAUGAUUGUCUUUUGGGUUUUCACUCCUUUCCUCUUUCUUCACAUUCUUCAAUUAGCUGA